AUGCCGCCCAUCGUCGACUAUCGCGGGCACAUAUCCCACCCGUUCCUUCAGCAUCUCGUCGCUCUCCUCUCCGUCUAUGAGCUCGGCCCCCUUUCCUCGCCCAUUCCCAAGUAUGACGGGCCUGCCGACUGGCAGACCGAUAGCAUUUUGCGCUCGCUCGGCGCCAUGGCACGCCGCAUGUACACUGCUGAAGAGGCACUAGCAUCCAUCAGAGCAUCUGAA